CACUCGUAGAUUAGUUUCUUUUGUGGUUAUUUUAUUAAUUUAAAAUGAUAAUGUAGUUAAAGAAAAUAUUUAAAAAUAUCAUAAAAACAUGUCGCGAACUCCGUCAAGGAAUGUGGACUCUCUUAAUUAUUUUAUUCCUAAAGAAUUGCCAACCAUAAAUAAAGAGGGAUCUCCAGUGUCCAAAACUGUUUAUAUGCACCUAUCUAAAUUACACAGUUUUCUGAACGAUUGGUUGAGUUUGAAAGUAAAAGGAGUGAAGAUAUGUAAAUCAAUUUCUGCUUUAAAGUUAUAUGAGUGUUUUGAUGACUACUACCCACAUCAAACUCAGCCUCUCACUGACGGCUUAUUGGAAUCUCUUUCAGGCUUUGAGAAUAUUGUAGAAGGUGUUAAAAUUAUAAACAAUCAGCUGCAAGCACUCUCACAACUACAGUCAAAACCAGAAGCUGUCAUAAAUACUUGGUCUUGUACUGAAAUUGCUGAAACCGUUUCAAAUAUAACACGUGAUUUAGAAAAUGAAUUAAGAUUGAAAAAAAUUAUAACAGAAAAUGUAGCUCACUGUAGAGAUGAAAAUUUAAUAGAAGUUUAUGUGAGCGCUUGGGAAUUUGAAGCAUAUUUCAAUAUGGAUACAUGUGCAUAUUUAUUUGCUGAAAUUGGUCUUACAGGAAUAACAUGAGUCGUCGUCUUAAUUUAAAAAUAUAUCACAUUUUAUACAUUCUGUUUUUACUCACUCGUGAACAAAUAUAUAAUAAUGAAAAUAAAAAC